GGAGGCCGUGCUCUGCUGGCUGUACUAAUUUCGGGAUUCGGGAUGGAGUAUUGACUAUUGUCCUUGUCCAACAAAUGAGAAUCAAUAAGCGAUAUAAUUUACUUGAACAACUUUUCGAUUAAAUGUUUUUGCUUAGAAUAAAGCUUGAUUAAAUAAGCGUCAGCAAUUGUACAUCAUCAUAAGAGUUAAAUUGUAAUAAGAAUUCAUGUACAACUUUCACCGGAUACAUUGAUAAUUCGAUUAAACGAGACAGUGGUUGCAAUUUAGUUCAUUAGCUGUGAAUUAAUCCUGUGAUGUAUCCGUGCGUACAUUCAGUAAAUGAUAUAACUGUGUGAUGAACUGUGUGGUUCGCUUAAGUGACAAAGCAAAAGCGUCGGCUCCCUCUCGACAUUAUUAUCCCAUCCGUGAUUACGUGCCGCCGGGAACUGGGUACUCUGGUUAGUCGUCGCGGGGACUCGAAAGCGGUAAAUACGGAGUCUCACAUUUUGCUCCCGAUCAUUUGCCGUCAGGAUUUCGAUUUGAAGAUGGUGCAGCAGGAUCUAACUUAGGUGCACGGGAAGGUCCAUGAAUGUGACUGUGGGGGAUGGGUCUGGAGUCUCACCUGUGUGAUUUGUGUUGAAGGGUGACUUGGCAGUGUGUGUAGUGUGAAGUGUUGUUGUUAGUGAGGCUGUCAAGCCGGGAUGCCCUCAGUAAUGUUGUCCGCAGUGUUGGAAGAGGAAGCUGAUUUGUAUGAGGCGUUUCCACCACAUGUUGAUCCCUCAGGAAUAACUAUUUUAACCGAAAGCCCUCCAGGCAAGAAAGCCGCGCUCAAGACCUUCGAGGAGAUCCAUCCGCUCAUUCAACAGGCCCGCAAGCGAGAACUGAAGCUCAUCAUCCGGGAGAACUCCUGGCCCAUCAACAGCCCCAUCCGCGCCUCGCUGUGGCCGGCCCUCUGCAAACAGCACCAACAUGGCAAAUCCAUGCUCGACGGCUUCUACUGGGACAUGGUUACACAGGUGUUCGGCACAGUGGAGCUGCCGGACAAGCCGAUCAUGCUGCCGCCGUUCGUGGAGGCGACCCACUGCCUGGGCUACCACCUGACGCGCAAGGGCCGUGCCGUCGCCGACCGCGUGGUCUCCGUGCUCGGCUACGCUUGCCCCGACAUCACCUACAGCCCCAGCCUUUACCCCAUCACGGCGGCUCUGCUACAUUUCAUGCCAGAGGAGGAGUGCUACCAUUGCAUGGCCAGUUUGGUGGCGUCCAAAGAGAAGAUGUUUAUCACACAGACGAAACUCCUGAACGAGGUUACCUGGAAGACUGUCAUGCAAAUAGCAAAGAAACACGCCAAGUCAGCCGCGCAGCAUCUGCUGCGUCUGUCGGGCGCGAUCGGCCCCGAGCGCAUCUACGCCGACUGGCAGUGGUGGAUCCUGGCCGCACUGCCCUUCCCUCACCUCGUCAGGGUACUGGACUGCUUCUUCCACGAAGGCGUAAAGGUAUUCUACAGAGUGGCACUCGCGAUUCUCAUCUUGUUCCACAAGCACAGCUCAAAUCAGAACUCGGAGUGGUACGCUGAAGCGACGAAGAAUGGAGUCGAUCAUGCGAUUGAUAAAUUUUGCAGAAACAUGCCAGCUUCGCCUACGAAACUGCUACGGACCGCCUUUAGUAUAAGGGCACUUAGCUCCCAAUACAUAUCCCGGGUGUUCAUAAAAACGGAAAUGACGCUCAAGUCCAAACAAGUGAUCACCGGAUCGCGCCUGGUUCGAUCCCGAUCGUCGGACAACUUGCCGACCAGCCAGUCCCAGGUCAAUAUACAGAUGAUGUCCCACACGCUCACUAUACGCGAGGGUUCGCAUUCGCCGGGCCCGCGCGCCCUAUCGAUGGGCGUUUAUCCAAUCCAAGCGAUCAAGUCUCAGAUACUAGAGCACAGUGAACUAUUCACGUUGUGGUCGUGGCUCCCCGUGCGUAUCACUAUGUACCAGCCCGUUCUGCUGUACACCACGGAGGAGCACGGGUGCUCGCUCACCACGUUCUACGUGCGCGUGGAGCACCAUGAGCCCACGCUGCUUAUGAUCAAGACAUGUAACAACGAGGUAUUCGGUGCGUAUUGUUCGACGAGAUGGUUCGAGAGAAACCAGAAGGACGAGCGAGGCAACCGGCAGGCGUACUUUGGAACUGGCGAGACAUUCCUGUUCAGCUUGCAUCCGGUGCGCGCCAAGUACCCGUGGGUCGGGGCCAUAGAGAACAAAGAGGACGGGGAUGUAAAGACUUCGCACGGGAGCUCUUUGUUUAUGGCCGCCGAUAAUAAGAUGAUUACUGUUGGCGGAGGAGACGGCCAAGCAAUAUGGAUGGACGAAAACAUCAGGUACGGCAAGACGGACCGCUGCUCCACAUUCAACAACCCGCCGCUCUGUCCCAGCGGAGACUUUGAGAUUCGUGUGCUCGAAGUGUAUGGCUUUGCGGGCGCGUAAAGUCAUUCACUAUCCACGCCGAUCUCGAUACGGAGUGUAAUCUCGAAGCGUUCUUGUGAUCAUUGUUUACGGAUACGGUAUCCGCUCACAGUUUUGUUCACCCUAUAAUCGCUAAUACGAUAGCGCAGCCAUUUUGUUCACGCCGGACCACAUUAUAAACAUAAUCCCUUUAAAUCAAAUCAAUCAUCGCGUUUUACUGAUGGUUGACUAUCGUAUUACUCACAAUAAACACUGGACGUCGAUGUAGUGCGUAUAUUUUAUUAGUGAAUCGAAAGCUUGCGGUGCGAGCGUGACCCCGCUAGUUAGCUGUCGACGCAGUCCGUUCCAUACAACGAACACGGGAAAUUUAGGUUGUUACGUAGAUGGUAUGUGAAGUACAAAUGAAUGUAUCAUACCUACACUGAUAUAUUACGCUUACUUAAAAGCAAUAUGAAUCCUGGCCGUGGGAUAGAACAUUCCAGUGAAAUUUAGCGCCGCAGAGUAGCGUGAACAAUAUAUAUUUAUUCGCCUAUUGCAGUGCAACGAAAGUAUAUUAUGGUAAUGUGUCGCUUAUGAGCUUUUAUUCGAUUAAAAUUUUUAUACACGUUGCUCAUACAGAAAUCGUGAUAAACAUUGGCGUAUACGUAUUUACUACGCACAAAAAACGAAAUAUGUGUUAGAAUAUCGGUAAGGAACUAACCAAUCAAUUGGAAAUUGUGAAUUUAUUCGCGAUGUCUGAGAUAUACAAUUAUUAUUCUAAUGUCGGUAGCUUAUGUGCCAAAAGUGGACCAUCCGAUUAGUGGAAAACCAAACUUUUUAUAGGAUUAUUUUUUUUUAUUAUUAUUUUAGUCAACCCGACGUUUCGCGGCCUUUUCAGAAGGACUGCUCGUUUUAUUCCUUUAAAAUGUGUUUUAUUUAAAUGUCUGGCUCUAUUCACAUUUUGCCUGAAUAUUUAUAGAAUAAUUUAAUAAAUAAUAUUUUUUCGCAAUGCGUGUAAUUCAUGAUAUUAGGUUUCAAAGUUUCGACGUCAAUGUUUUUCUCGGUAGAUAUAUGGUUGGGCGUAUCAUUAAGUAUUAUCGAGCAAUAUGCGAAUACUAGUUCGGCAUCUCCAAAUACAUAUCCCUUCCAGUACAAAGGGGUUGCGAGCAUAUCACCCGCGGCCAAUGUUGGCUAAGAACCUGUAAAUAUUAUUAAUAUGGAGUAUCAUCGUUUGACAUUACAGAUAUUUUUUUAUUAUUGAACGAUAGAUUGAAUCCUAGGUGUUGUCGGUACUACGUACACGUUGAACGGAAGCCUAAGACUUGUUUUUAAAUUGAGAUAAUUUAUGUAAUUUAUUGUUUAGGUAACUGUAUGUUUAUAUUGUAUAUUAUUGAUUUUACCUCCGCGGGCGGCGCCCAGUUAUAGUCGCGGUUCGCUAAAGGGAAAUUUUUAUUUCGCUCAAUUGUUUGAGUAUUAUUUUUAUAUUCUGUCAACGCAGGCGGCGCGUCGUCUAUAUAUUUGAAAAUGGAAUAGUCGCCUGUGCUGUAACGGACGCUUGCUAUUUGUCCAAUCGUAGUUGUUGUGUGGCCGGUGGCGCCAUUCGCGAUAAUGUAUUGCUGUUGGCUAUUUGUCGUUGAUCAGUGUAAAGUCUAGUCUUAAUCCUGUUUUUUAUUCUAUAUCGAUAUAUUAUCUAAAUAUAUACGAAUUAAUGUUUAAAUUGUGCGUUUUGGCCGCUUCAUAGCGGCGAGUAGGCUCGUGGUUAGUUAGUUUAAGUACAUGUGUAGUUAUUGUUCUCCCUUCAGUAUUUGUGGUGUAUGUAGGUGUGACGUCACUCAGUGACGUGCGCGAGACUGGCGCUUUGUUACGUAUCUCAUAACUAGCUUAUUCGAGAAACUCAAAUAUCCUAGUGUUGUAGCAAUAUUCGGAGAUACAUAAUAUAAAAUUUCGUUUUAGUUAACAAACUUUCCGCAUAUGGGGAAAGAUAAAUAUAUUUCUAGUUUCUUGAAUGAGCCAAGUUAUGCAAUCGAAUACCCGCCAAGUAGCGGUGUUUCUACUCGUUUAUUGUAUUGUGAAUGUUGCUUUAUUAUGUCUAAAAUAUAUAAUCCAUAAAUAUA